AUGUCUUCUUCGCAAGACACCCAUCCUUCCAACAAUGGGGCUGAACUCGCCGAUGCCAUUGGUCAUAUGCACAUCAAUGACAAUGAGCCUCGCCUUGGCCCCGAUGGCGAGCCGGCACCCAAGACGGACGAAGAGUACGCCCAGACGCAGUUGACUCUGCGCGCGCUCGUCUCAUCCAAGGAGGCCGGUGUCAUCAUCGGAAAGGGCGGACAGAACGUCGCCAAUCUGCGCGAGGAGACUGGCGUCAAGGCCGGCGUCAGCAAAGUCGUGCAGGGCGUUUACGAUCGCGUCUUGACCAUUACUGGUGGCUGCGAUGCUGUCUCGCGGGCCUACGCCGUUGUGGCACGAGCUCUGCUCGAAGGCGCUCCCGCAGUCAGCAUGGGUGGAGUCGUUCAACACAAUGGAACUCAUCCCAUUAAGCUCCUGAUCUCUCACAAUCAAAUGGGCACUAUCAUUGGCCGCCAAGGCCAAAGGAUCAAAUAUAUUCAGGAUGUAUCGGGCGUGCGCAUGGUCGCACAGAAGGAGAUGCUGCCGCAGUCGACAGAGCGCAUUGUCGAGGUCCAGGGCACACCCGAGGGUAUCCAGCGCGCCGUUUGGGAGAUCUGCAAAUGCCUGGUCGAUGACUGGCAGCGGGGCACCGGCACUGUCUUCUACAAUCCCGCCGUUCGCACCCAAGUUGGCGGCUUCCAUGAUCGGUAUGGUAGCCGUGUGCUGCGGACCGGCAACGGCGCCGACUUUAGCAAUGGCUCUCGGUCAUAUGGUCGCCGUUCUGACUCAGAAGGAGGCCCCCGCGGUCCUCCGACUCACGAUGAGAAUGGCGAAGAGAUCCAGACGCAGAACAUCAGCAUCCCCGCCGACAUGGUUGGCUGUAUCAUUGGCCGUGGUGGAUCCAAAAUCAGUGAGAUCAGGAAGACUUCAGGCGCUCGCAUCUCCAUUGCCAAGGCUCCUCAUGAUGAAACGGGUGAGCGCAUGUUCACCAUCAUGGGCACUGCCAAGGCAAAUGAGACGGCUCUCUUCCUCCUCUAUGAAAACUUGGAGGCGGAAAAGAUGCGUCGUCAGCAGCAGCAGCAGCAGCAGCAGCAGCAGCAGCAGCAGCAGGCGGCUGCUCAGCCAUCCGAGUAG